UUGAAGUCGUCUGCUGGUUGGUAUUCAUUUGAAAGAUUCGACUCAAUGUCUUCCCAACUCAGGCAGUCCUACCUUCUGGCUAUUGUUCCAUGUCUGGCGAAGAUUAUUACCAAACUGACUUGUCAUUUCAAAGAUAAAUUGAAGGAUGAAGUCGACAGCUCCCUUCCAGAGACCUUCAAUCUUGGUCUCCACAACUCUCUUCGCUUGCUUGCCGAUUGUCUUUCCACUUCAAUCUAUUGUCUUGUUGGUCUGACUAUGGGUUUUCUUCCGUCGGUUGGCUCCAUCAGAUCUCCAGAUAUUCUACUUUCUAAAACAUCAUCUCCCCAAUUGGAUAUUGGCUGCCUUUCUCGUCUUCGGUGUCUUGCCAACUGUUUAGACGACCCGGAUAGACACGCGUGUCUCUCAAAUGAGGUGAAGGAAUUUCCUUCAGUGUGCAUGCUAGAGGAAGAAGUUCUUGGUAUCGCCAUGAAGAAUAGCCAGUCAGAGAGGGAAGACAAAACACAAGGACCUUGUGAAUUAUACGAACGCUCUGCUGAACAUGGCCUGGGAGGCAACAGCUGUCUGGCAAGGCCUCUAAUGAUUGCCGUGGUCUUAUGCGCUAACGGUGGGGCCUACUUACAAAUUAUGCUUCAGGUGGUGAUAUUAAAGGUUCAAAUCCCCGCACUUUUGCCUUUCAACUGGCGUGCUUCCAAUGUUUCCUGCAACUCCCACAAGGACUGUUUGGGUACCCUUCUGGCCUUUCAAUUGCACUCUCCUUUCUUCGGUCCUUCAAUGAAUCCUCUGCCAGAUACCUUGGAGUUGCUCAUCAACUUAUCCAAACGCCAUCUUCGAUACCUUCUGAGGAAAAGUGGUAGUGAUGAGCCAGGGACAAUUGUCGAGGAAGAAGACGAGGAAAGCGAUGACGAAGAAGGUAGGACGCGUCUUGUCUACAAGGGCCUCACAACUCAAAGCAUUGGCAUGUAUGCCAGGAAGGUCCUUGAAGCGUUUUGCAGUUGCGUUCGAAGAUUAGCUAAGCAGACGGCUGUUUCAGGUAGUGCGCGUUGCGAGGAUCUUUUGGUACAUUGGAGUUCUUCUGUGGAGGUUCUAAUUUGCAUAAUUGAAGCUGCGAAAGGUGAUAGUCCCAGUCGAGCCUUCUUGGAUCUCCUGCCCUGUUUAAUGCGAGCUGGAAGAGUUUUUCUAGAGAAUCUACUACGUGGAGCUAUGUCCUUUCUAAAUGCUCUCUUCCGAACUCAUGGCUCAGCGGUGUUGAAGUUCCUUCGAAAUGUUCAGCACGUUACGCGUUUUCUUCAUCGCACUUGUGUCCACGCCAAAGCGAGACAGGAGGGUCGUCUGACUCCACUCAUCCCUCAAACACGAAAAUGUCUCGAGGCAUUUGUCUACAAUCUUCUUCUCUCUCAAAAUCAUUGUGCGGAUGCUUUCUGGUUGGGAAAUCUCAAAAAUCGCGAUUUGGAUGGUCAAGAGAUAUACGACACAAAUAUCGACGAUGCAGUUAUUUCGGCUAGAAAUUCAGUGGAAUCUGUCCCAUCUUCGCAAAUGGCACUAAAUGAAGAUGGGUUCUCCAUUGAUGGUCGUUCAGCUUCCGAUUCGCAAAUUGAAUCCGAGUUGGUUGAGGAGACCACGGAUGAAGAAUCGAAAGAAAUGGAGGUUGAGGAGGAAGACGAGGUGAUGGAAAGUGAUAUUGAUGAAUGA